AUUCCGACUUAAAACUGCGCAGACAAUUCGUUGUGUAAAAGUGAGCAUGUGGACCGGCCUUUAGUUGUGAUCACAUUACGGUUCGUGCUGGACAGAGUUUGGCCGAGACAAGGAGAGGAAAAGCGCCUAAAUUUUCUGGAUAAGGAUCAAUGAGGCAGAAAACUGGAGCUCUGCAUAGAUUGUUUCAGAAUAAUUACCGAUUACUUCAUUACCGAUUAGGUGGAGUUAUUACCGUCGAAGAUGGCCAGGCCAGAAUCCUUCUUCUUUCGUCCUCUCCCCACCACUUGACCUCACCCAUAUGGAUGCUGGCCGCCAUAACUCGGCCAUUACCCUCCCUGCAGGUGUGCAGCGACUCGGGGCGCCUCGUGAGCUUCGGGGCGCUGAAGGAUGCGGCGUUUCGGUGGGGCGGCUACCUCCUGACGAAGGGUCUGGAGAGGGGCAGCGUGGUAGCGGUGCUCAGCCCCAACAUGGUCGACUACCCUGCUGUAAUGUUGGGCACCUUCAGUGUUGGGUGUGUCUACACUGGAAUCAACCCCAGCUACACCCCCACUGAGGUGGCGUACCAGCUGAAGGACAGCGGAGCGAAGAUGCUGGUCGUGUUUGGGCCACUACUGGAGGUGGCCAAGAAGGCCAUGGCCAUCAACAAACAGGAUCUUCCUAUGGUGGCCAUCGGGUCAUCAGAUGGCCUCCCUAACGUCGCCGAUAUCGUCCAAGACACGACCAUAAACUUCGCCCCACCAGCCAAGUUGACUGGGGAAGAGUGCAUGGCUCUCCUGUACUCGAGCGGCACGACAGGCAAGCCGAAGGGCGUCUCAGUGCACCACACCGCUGGCAUCGCAAACUUGGACAUGAUCUCCCACCCCAGUUACUUCUUGGGAGGGUUGUCCACUGCUGAUUCCCCGAGCUUCGCCCUAGCGCUCCCCAUGUUCCAUUUGUCGGGGUUCCUGGCCAUUACCAGCCUGGCGGUGCUCAACGGAGUCAAAUUGGUCAACGUGACCAAGUUCAACCCGGGAACUUUUAUUGACAUCCUAUUAGAAAAUAGAGUAAGUCAUCGAAGUACAAAUCGUGAACUUUUAAAAAAGGUAUAUUCAAUCCAAGCAAAAUCAACUUGAGCGAAGUUUCUGAC